CCUUUCUCCCUCUUCCUUUUUUUUUUCUCUGUACCAAACCAAAACAAUAACAAUGGCAGAACUGGAAAUUCAAAAUCAAAAUCUGAUGCCGAAACUCAUCGAUUACUUAUCUUCUCUUCUCCAACGCGUCGCUGAAGCUAACGAUAUCAAUGGCCGAUUUCAACCACAGAAGAUCUCUGUUUUUCAUGGACUCUCACGGCCAAAUAUCUCAAUUCAGAACUAUUUAGAGAGGAUUUUCAAGUACGCAAAUUGCAGUCCUUGUUGUUUCGUUGUUGCUUAUGUUUAUCUCGAUCGAUUUACUCAGUGCCAACCUUCUUUGCCCAUCAACUCCUUCAAUAUUCAUCGCCUGCUUAUCACCAGCGUCAUGAUUGCUGCUAAAUUCAUGGAUGAUAUGUACUACAAUAAUGCAUAUUAUGCAAAAGUUGGAGGAAUCAGCAUCACAGAGAUGAACUUUCUUGAAGUGGAUUUCCUAUUUGGAUUGGGUUUUCAUUUAAAUGUAACUCCCACUACUUUCCAGACUUAUUGUGCCUAUCUACAAAAAGAGAUGCUAAUGCAGUCACCACCCAUGAAUUUUGAAGAUUCUUCCUUAUUUAUGGUAAGAUCACCAAAGCUUCAAUAUAUUUGUUUCAACGAAGACGAAUCGUCUUCGCAGCAGCAACAACAACAACAACUAGUUGUUUGAUUAGUAUUGUUAAUGUAGUUAUCAGGUUAGGUGUAGGGUUGAUUAAACUGAAAAUUGUACUGAAAAAAAGAAGGGGAAGAUGUGUGGUUCUUGUGUUUUGUUUUUGUUUUUAAAUCUUAUGUUUGGCAACAUUUUGAGGGUGCUUUUAGAAGAACUCAUGAAAUGAAAUGGUAUGUACAGAUGGGUGUUGCUUUUGCUUUACAGUCUGGCUAAAAAAAGUUGUUUUCUUUAUUGUUUUCUGUUGUAUUAGAUACUUCUUCUUGUUAUCCAAGUCAAGAUUCCAAUGA